CAACUCGCCAGCCUGUGCAUCGCCGAGGGCAAGGCCGCCUGGCGCGCCAGCCUAGACGUCUACAUCCUAGACGCCGACGGCGCCGUCCUCGACGCAUCCCUGCUCGCAUCCCUGGCGGCGUUGCGCAACACACGCAUACCCGCCGUACGGAACACCCGCGAGGGCCAUUACGUGGCGGCACGUGGCGCAUCCGCCGCUGCUGCUGCCGCUGCUGGCGGCGGCGGCGACACGGGCUUGGUAGCAGGCAGCCCCAGCUGCAUCGGGCUGUUCCGCACGCCGCUGGGCGUCACGUGCUGCCUGUACCGGCAGCACCUGCUGGUGGACCCCACCGCGGAUGAGGAGCGGCUGGCGGAGUGCGCCGUGACGGUGGUGCUGGACCAGGCGGGGAGGCUGCAGGGUGUGUACAAGCCGGGCGGCAAGGUGCUGGCGGAUGCUGCCACGCUAGUUCGCUGCACGGAGGCUGCGAGGCUGCGACACCGGGACCUGUCGGGGCUGCUGGAGGAGAGCCUGGGGCAGCAGGGGGCGACUGCGCAGGCGGCAGGGCCGUGAGAGGAGGCGGCUAGCGGGGUCGGUGAAGGGCUUAAGGCUCUGUUGUUAGGCUUGUUACUGGCUUGCUUAAGGCUGCCUGCAUGCUUGGUGGGCGUCAUUCGGUUGGCAGCCCUCGACACAGCUAUCAUAGAAGCAGACUCGGCAAAGCACCCACGGGUACGGCUGUCAAGAGGGGUGGGGUGAAGUGGGAUGUGGUGAAAUUGAGCGGUCAAGAGCGGUUCUCAGGCACGGCUGUAUUGGGAUUUGCAAUCGAUGGCCAGCUGCCGGCUGCUGGUGGACGGAUGGAUUAAAAACUGGAGAGGCCUGUUGGGGUAGGCAUGCAUUGGGGAAUCUCCGACACCCAGUUUCGGUUCCGAGCCAAUGGCCCUGUCACAUGUCAGGCGCGUCAACCAGAACGGCAGGAUGGCAGUCGAGACCAUUACGAUACAUGCUUAUUCGUGCUUACCGUAUGUACAACACCUAGCUCCGCGGUUCGGAAUCCGGCCAAGUCGCACCGUGGACGCACACUGAAGUGUUCAGGACGUAUAACGCAAUUACGUACAUGCCUCAACGCUUCGCAACGAGGCUCAUGUGCCUCAGGCCACGCUUGUCAGUUUAAAUUUCAGCUGACCUUGUGCCCUUCCUUCAAGCUGCACUGCAGCGCACAGCUUCCACAGCACAGUACAAUGCCAGCACAUCAGCAGUUAACAUUAGAUGGAGUGCUUCGGGAGUUGGACAUGUCAGCAAUUGAAUUGCUUAUCGACAGCUUCGAGGACACCUGUUUGGCCUGCAGGGCUCUGCGCGAUGCGGUUGACAACGGUGUCCGCGGCGCUACCUUCAAUGUUGGGGCUCAGCAAUAUGAACUCUGGAAGGACGGUCACCCUCACCGUUGUCGCGCUUCUCCCGCUGCACCAACGUGGCUAUCAGCGUGAACUACACGGAGGAGGGACUUCGUGGUGUGAGCAUCGCAACCCUGCUGGCAUUGCCCUUCAUGGGGCAGCCGCUGGCUGCUAGGCGGCGCAUAACCCGUGUGACAGUCUCAAUUAACCCGGAAGCUGACAUCGACUGUGCCGAGGGCCAUCUUGUGGCAUCACUUGCCGUACUCCUUCCUGCGCUUCACGAAGUAGACAUGAACGGGUCUGCGGAACAUGAUUACUCUGAGCCCAAACACGACCCAAUGCAACGGCGACUGAUGUACGGCGCGUUGGCAAGUUUGCCGUACUUGGAGCGCCUCUCAGUGCCGUUCAGCCAGGGUUUGGAGCACAUUGGCCAACUGGCGGAGACCCUUAGGGUCCUGCGGAUUCGCAUGCGCACGCACCAAGAUGUGUUCACGGAGGGCGCUGCAGCUGGAAUACUGCAGUUGCGCCGAUUGGAGCAAUUGCGCAUUGAGGGCUGGGGCUACUACUAAGAGGGCAACUUUGCGCCGGAGACAGUCCUCGGCAUACGGUUGCUUUUGGAGCACGUGGGCUCACUUGGGGGGUCCCUGGAGCGUCUGCAUGUGGAAUUGUCUGGGGACUUGCUGCGCGUCUCCCUUACUCCAGCUGCCAUCGCCAGCAUAGCACAGCUGCGGCGACUGCGGCACCUCAGCCUGACGCCCUGCUCGUUCCGUGAGGAGGAGCUGGAGGCGGGGGCCGCCUCGUCCGGGGGCGUGCCGCAGCUGCUGGCGUGCCUGCCGCCCGCACUGGAGAGGCUGGUGCUGGGUCUAAGCUUAACGGAACCAGCUUCGGACGCGGUUAAAACCUACCGGAACACCCAUUCCGUUACCUUCGACUUCCACCCCGAUGGCAGCAGCCGCACAGGCAUCACGUUGUCGAAAACCAUUUCCCCUAUCCGCCUAGCCAACCUUGUCUCAUUCACCCUGCUGGUCACACGCUGUCGCGGCUGCCAAGGGGGCUUGGGCCGCCUGCAUGUCGCCUCGCUGCGCAUCCCCUCUGCGACUGACAGCAAGCCCAACCCGCAGCAGCAGCUGCAGGAGUUGCUGGGCCGGUGCUCCCA